AAGAAAGUAUAUAUACAACCUCGCUAUUCUUUUAGAUCGAAGCUCCUUAGCAUGCUUUUAGCGUUUCUUGCAGCUAAAUUGUGAAGGGUGGUCACUUUUCCUUUAGCUCCUUAAUCCUAUCUGUCUUUAGGCUUAAGCUGUAGCAGGUCAGAGAGAGAGAGAGAGAGAGAGAGAGAGAGAGAGAGAGAGAGAGAGAUAUGGAAAAGUUGUCAGGGCUGAGCCACCUCUUCAUGACAAUAUUUCUGCACAACUUCUCAAGUUUUAUGGUAAGCCCAGCCAUCACAGAUGUUACAAUGUCUGCACUUUGUCCCGGAAGAGACGAAUGCUCACUCGCCAUCUACCUGACUGGAUUUCAACAAGCAAUUAUAGGGCUGGGAACACUGGUGAUGAUGCCUCUGGUGGGAAAUCUCUCUGACAAGUAUGGGCGGAAAACUUUGCUUACAGUCCCAAUGAUUCUCACCAUUCUUCCCCUUGGAGUAUUAGCGUACAGCAGAGAGAGGAAUUUCUUCUACAUGUACUAUGUGUUAAAGACCCUCACUGCCAUGGUUUGUGAGGGCAGCGUUCACUGCCUUGCACUUGCUUAUGUGGCAGACAAUGUUACUGAGGGCCGGCGAGCGUCGGCCUUCGGGGUUCUAUCGGGGAUUGGAUCCUCUGCAUUCGUCUGUGGAACACUUUCCGCUCGUUUUCUGUCCACCUCUUCUACUUUCCAGGUUGCGACCUCCGUGGCGGUGGUAGCAGCGGUGUACAUGAGAGUAUUCCUCCCUGAUUCCGUCGUAGGCCACGGUCUUACGGCUUCAUUGAUCUCAAAGGAAAAACCGGACCUUACCAAACCAGAUGGAGAAUCGACUAGGAAUGGCACGCAGCUUUUCAAAAGUAUGCCUUCUUUGGAGGACAUGGUCUCCUUGCUGAAGACUAGCUCGACGUUUUCCCAAGCUGCAAUUGUUGCGUUUUUUAGCAACCUUGCAGAUUUUGGCCUUCAUGGUUCGAUGAUGUAUUACCUAAAGGCCAGAUUUCACUUUAAUAAGGAUCAGUUUGCUGACUUAAUGGUCAUUUCUGGGAUCGCAGGGACGAUAUCACAGCUCUUCCUCAUGCCUGCAUUGGUUCCUGCUCUAGGAGAGGAGAAGCUGCUUUCAGUAGGGCUCCUUUUUAGCUGUGCACAUAUGUUUCUUUACAGCAUUGCGUGGUCUGUCUGGGUUCCUUACGUCGCUGCUAUGUUCUCCAUAUUGUUUUUUCUCUCACAUCCAUGUAUGAGGAGCAUUGUUUCUAAACAAGUUGGGUCCUGCGAACAGGGAAUGGCUCAAGGGUGCAUUUCAGGCAUAUGUUCCUUUGCCAACGUUGUUUCUCCCUUAGCUUUCUCUCCUCUAACAGCUUUAUUCCUGUCUGAUCAGGCACCUUUCAAUUUCCCUGGAUUCAGUAUUAUGUGCAUUGGAUUUGCUUCGAUGAUAGCCUUCAUUCAGAGUAUGAGGAUAAGAGCAGCUCCUCCCAUGUUAUUUCACAGAGGCAGCAAUUGCGACAAUGCAGAGGUGUAAAUUACUCCAAACCAUUUGCUCGCAGUCGCAUUGGGAGUCUGUUUGACAACAUGGCAACAUAUUCUGCUAUUUAUAAAGGUUGCCUUCAAAGUCGAUUUGGUGACGAAACAGCACACGAGCCUAUUUUUGAAAAGCACCUCAACGGUAAAAUUAUCUGUAUGUUCACAUUUUCAGAACAUGAUACAUGCCUUUAACACUUCUUAUCACAAGUUGGACUUGAAUGAGUUGUGUAGAAGAGAAAAUGGCAUUACUCCUUGAGUCAUUGAUGACUUUCCAGCUAUAUGAUAGUGAAAGUCUUAUGUUCC